AUGAAGUCCAACCUAAUGCAUUUGGUCCCCCCAGUGAGUAGGGACAGAAUACUCUCCUGGUUUCCCAAACUGUUCUCCUAUUUUCAAUGGUACGCACCUGAGGCCUCUUUGCAGUUCAAAGAGCACUUCAGGACUGCUUGUCAGCAGAGCACUGAGACAAAUUCUACAGUAGGAGACCACAUGCACGUUGGGAAAACCAGCCUUAUCCACAGAUUUUAUAAAGAUAAGUUUGACUGAGACUACAAGGCUACCAAUGGAGUGGAUUUUGAAAUGGAAUGUUUUGAAAUAAUUGGAAUAUCAUCUACUGUCCAGAUAUGGGACACAGCAGGUCAGGAGAAGUUCAAGUGCAUUGCAUCUGUUUAUUACCAAGGAGCAGUGGUUAUAAUAACAGUGUUUGAUCUGGCUGAUACCCAGACUUUGGAUCACAUCAAAUAAUGGCUAGAAGAUGCAUUGAGGGAGAAUGAGCCAGAUUCCAGCUUCAUCUUUCUAGUUGGAACAAAAAAAAAAAAAAAAGAUUUGGUGGCAAGGGUUCCCCAUUGUAAGACAAUGUACAAAAUACUCUGCAAAGAUGACUUGUCCAUCAAAAAUGGGCUAGAAAUUGAAAGUGAAGAGCAAGAUACUGAUAUGAUUGAUCACAGAGAACAAAUGAGAGGGGAAACAGAACUAAACAUAAAGUGCAAGAAAGCAAAAUCCAUUGAAGGGCUCGGGGAAAUUGUCAAAGAAUUCUUUUCCCAAGUUUCUACCCUUGAACAGUCCAUGAUAACGGAGCUGGAGAAAAUUUCUGGGCACAUUGCCCAGAUUGGGGCAGGAAACCUCAUCAAACUGGAAAAAAACAUGAUGGAAAUCCCAAAACACAACUCUCAAGUAAGCCUGAGCUGCUGCUGACUGUCAAGUGCUUCUGCAAACACCAUGAUCCUCUGUAGUCUAGCAUACCUACAACACCCGGAACAAAGAAAGUUCUCAAAGCAGUAAUAGAAAGUUUUAUUUUUGGAAAUCAAGGAGGAAAACUUCUCCAAACCUUCUUUCUGAGAGUUCCGUUGCUGCUGCAGGCUCACUUGUGCAGGAUGGUACAGUUUUACAUAAACCUUUCUCUCUGAGUGGAAACAAAACAUCCUUGUCUUAAUGCAAGAAGACAUUGCCAGUGCCAUGUGCUCACCUGUGUGCCAGAAACACUUGUAGUGAGUAGUGAAAAAUACGUAAUUUUAGUGUAUUAUUCUUCGAUAAUUCUCUACAACUUUUAGAUAGUGAGGUCGUGUUAUCAAAGAAGCAGAAAACAAACGGCAGUUCAGAAUAAA